AUGCAUCUCACCACAACCCUCCCCCUCCUCUCCCUCAUCCCCCUCGCCCUGGCCGUCAGCCGCGACUGCACCCGGCCGAGUUACAGCGGGAGCAGCACAUGGACCUGCCGCUGGUACGGCGGCGAAGCAGGCGAGGGCCAGAACUGCGGCUACAGCAGCUACGAGCUUGAGUUUGAGGAGCAGGUCGACGGGCAGUUAUACGUGGACAACAACCGGGGCGAGUCGGUGUCGGAUAUGGCUCGCCAGGGUGCUAUCACUCAGGACUGCGCUGAUGCGGCGCCGGUCGACCGCUGUGCGGGGGACUCGUAUAUCCGGCUUUGGUGCGAUGUCGGCCGCUAG